AUGAGCAAGCAACCCCCCGUCCGCCCUGCCAAACUGCCAGAACCGAAAGGAGGGCCGCAAGGCAUCUUGGAUGCGAUUGCCGAAAAGGAUGAGCUGCUGCUCUACUUCACCGCGUUCCUCGGCGUCGUCCUCCCCGGCGUCGUCUACCUCAUCUACCGGCGAGUUCACGUUGUCUACGAGCGGUACGCCGCCAAAAAAGAGGCCGAGCGAAUUGCCGAUAUCAAGGCGAGGUGCCAGAUAUCGAUAUUUUAUUGUGGGAAGAAAAAGGCUGAGCAGAAAGCCCAGGACAUGAUGGAGAAUUAUAAUGAUGGGGUCUCGAAUAUCUACGAUCUGACCAGCAUCGAUGCUUCAAUUUUCUAUACCUACAAAGGAUUUGCCCUGUUCGUGAUUGAUAAAUUUGAAGAGAAAGCGGAAUGGUUUUUGGAAUGGCUGGAAGAUGUGGCAGCCGAUAAAAGGUUAAAGAAAAAGACCUCUAUCGAAGAGGUGCGCUACGCCAUUUUUGCGAUGAACGGCGGGAAAGCGGUUACGACGCUCGGGAAGCGGAUGACAAUCGUCGGGGCUAAAGAAAUCUGGCCGGCCGUGGAUAUCGAUAAGGAACUCACGGAAGAGCAGGAGAAUGCGCUGUUCGAGGAGUGGAGGUCGGAGGUCCUCGAGGAGGUCGACAAUUUCUUCAUCGAUCAAGCUUAUGAUGACGGGAUCCCAGAUGAACUGUCUAGCGAGGAUGAAGAUGGCAGCGAGGGCAAAAAAGAUCGA